AUGAAUAGACAUAUAAAAGGAAAUAAUAAUGUAGGUCUAAACAAUAUUGAAAAAAAAAAUACGAAGAGCUGUCCAAACGAUCACGUAACAUAUGGAAGUGAUGCUAACAAAAGGUACCAAUAUGAAUCAGUAAAUUUGGAUAGCGGUAGGAAUAUAAACUCUACUAAAUUUACGACUCACGUUUCUAAAGUUGUUACUACUGCUGCUGUCACGACUAGCAGUAGGAACGUGGAAAAUGAACAAAGGGCCCUUGUUAACAAAUCAACUAACCUCAUAAGUGCACGUAAACAUGUGCCAUCAGGCACCGCUUUAAAUUUAGGUAAAGAAAAUCAAAAUAGUAAAUUUAACUUAAUUUCCAGAGGGAGAAGAGAUGAUUCUGCAAAUGAAGGCUCUAGAAACAAGGUAGAGGGAAGAGAUACGCAAAGGGUUGUCAAAAGCAUAUUCAGUGAUAUGAGCAAGAGAAGUGAAAGAAACAUUUGCAAAGAUGAUCAUCCGAGGAGGGAAGAAACCCCAAUGGAAAAUCGCGUGAGCAGUUCAGAUAAAAAAAUAGAACAAAUUCAAAACAUUCGUACAUAUUUAACAUACAAAAAGGAUGACAACGUAAGACGAAAUCAAAAUUACAGCUGGGAUUCAGCUUCUAAAAGAAAAGUAGAACGAGAUCACUCAAAUGAGAAUAACAAUAAAAAAAAAAAAUCAACUCAUUCAUAUGAUAAAGGUAAUUAUCCUUCUGACAUUUCUUUUUCCUAUGGUGACACGGAAGAUGUUAAGACACAUCAUAAGACUAAGGAAUUCAAAAGUUUUGAAAAGAAGGAAAUUCUCCAUUACAACCAGCUCGAUGUGGAAGGCUCACUACCUACAAACUACCACAGAUUGAACUCUGAAAAAAAUUCCAAAAAAAAUGAUGCAAUGAUGAAGACGAAUCAACAAAAUUGGAACCCACAGUGCAGGAAAAAAAUAAAUGAUGAAAUGAUACAAAGAAAUAGAAGAAUCAGUGCCAACAUCAGUGGGACGUGUAGCAUGACUAGGAACAUUAAUACGUCAAAUAAUGAACUAAUUGAAGGGAACGAUGGAAUAAUACAAAAUGAUAGUGCGGAUAAAUUUUAUGACGAAGGGAGAAAGGGGAAAGUAUACAUAGGAGAGAAGGAAAAUGAAAGAAUCAAUUGCAUAAUUCGGAAGGGAGGAGAGAAGGAAAAUGAAAGAACCAAUUGCAUAAUUCGGAAGGGAGGAGAGAAGGAAAAUGAAAGAACCAAUUGCAUAAUUCGGAAGGGAGGAGAGAAGGAAAAUGAAAGAACCAAUUGCAUAAUUCGGAAGGGAGGAGAGAAGGAAAAUGAAAGAACCAAUUGCAUAAUUCGGAAGGGAGGAGAGAAGGAAAAUGAAAGAACCAAUUGCAUAAUUCGGAAGGGAGGAGAGAAGGAAAAUGAAAGAAUCAAUUGUAUAAUUCGGAAGGGAGAAGAAAGCGAAGUAGACAAGAAGGGAGACAAAUCGUAUCAAAACCUCCCAAAGACAUUCCUAGAAGAUAAGUUACAAAAACGAGGAAUAGAACACACGUGGAAUGUUCAAUCACUCUCAAGGGAACAUCACACACAUGCUUCAUAUUUGGAUAAGAAACCCCAAAUGGAAAUAACAAGCGACAAUACAAAUAAUGUGGUUAGAAGAACCCCCUUGUGUGAUUUCUCUAACGACGACGAAGAGAAUUUUACAAAAUGCAUUAAACGAGUACGUGAAGGUAGAGUAAUAAAUUCGGAAAGGCUAUAUAAGGCACGUAUGAACAUGGGCAUACGAAUGGGUGAAAUGGAAAUAGGUGACAGAGCUGAUAUAGAGGACAGAUCUGGUAUAGAGGCCGGAUCUAGUAUAGAGGCCGGAUCUGGUAUAGAGGCCGGAUCCGGUAUAGAGGACGGAGGGAAGCAAGUAAGCCAUUCAGAUGAUGAGAAAGAUUUCACACUUCUUCAUGUGAACAAAGGUCUGAACGAAAGAAGGAUGGGAGAAAGUAUUACUGAUAUGAUUAGAGAAAGGGGCAGCAUAUCCCCUAGCUGUGUUAACCGAUAUACUAGAGAAGAGCUAUUCUGUGUAGAUAAGCAAAAGCCAAUAGAAAGAAAAAAGGAAUCGAGAGAUUUUCAUCUUUUUAGCGAAAUUCAUAAUACGUAUAAGAAAAGUAUAUCCGAAAAAGUGCAUGAAAAUUUGUUGAAUAAUAAGUUACCUAACCAGAGAAAUGAGUUCUUAUGUAAGCAGCACAGUUCUAAAUUAUCCGAACAUAAAUUUAGAUGCGAUGAGAGGUUCGAAGGGAAGCAGAGCAGAAUGUGUAGAAGUGAGGGAAACGAUGAUCAGGGGUGCACAAGAAGGGACGAAGCAAACAAAUCUGAGGAAGAAAAUGAAGAGAAGAAAAAGUAUGAAUCAGCAGAUGGCAAGGCAAAAGUUUUGAACUCGGAAAAAUUGAACACAGAAGAAGACGCAUCACCUGGAUACAUGAAACAUGAACUUCACGCAGAGGAUGACACAAAAUUGUUUAAAAAAGUUACCAUGGAUCAUCAUGGCAUCACAUUAGCUGAAAAAUUGCAUACCGGGGUGCUAACUUCAAAGUCACGUGUGGAGGCCCCGCCUUCUAGAAGACAUUUUGCAGCUCCAACCGUGUCCUCAGACAGAAAAAACAUAAACACAACAAAGAAAGAGUUUAAAGAAUUACAUAGAAAGGGGAAUUUAUUCAAUCAAAAAAUAAGUGCAGUUAGUCGAUUAGCAAUUACAAAGUUGACUAAGACCAAUAUGAGGGAAAAAGGAAAUAACAUAAGUAGGAAAAAUAAUAAAAAUGAUGCAAAAAUUAACACAUCUAAUAGCGAAAAUGAAGACAAAAAAAAUGUAUGUCUAUCGUAUACCAUUGGUAUUAAGGAAAAAAUAGAUGAAUCCGUAGGCACAGCUAGCCAAAUAUCAAUUCAAGGCAGUAAAACAGAUGUAGACAUGUCAAAAAAGAAAAAAAAACAAUUGCAAAGUUUUGAGCAGCUCAGGUUAAAUAAAAUGUUAUCUACUCAAAAUAGGAAUGUGACAAAGGAGAUGGGAAAUCAGACAAGUAAAUUAGGUUCUCACUUGAGUGGAAAUCAAACAAGUAAAUUAGGUUCUCACUUGAGUGGAAAUCAAACAAGUAAGUUGGGUUCUCACUUGAGUAGAAAUCAAACAAGUAAGUUGGGUUCUCACUUGAGUGGAAAUCAAACAAGUAAGUUGGGUUCUCACGUGAGUGGAAAUCAAACAAGUAAUUUAGGUUCCUACUUGAAGGGAAUUCAAAACAAUGUCGAUGAAAGUUUAAACUGUUCGGAAUGUGAACAGAUGAAGCAAGACACUGAUAAAAUAGCCCAUCCACUGGGGGAAGCCUGUUCUCUGAAAUAUCAUAGCAAUAAUGUGAUCUACAAAGAUGAGGUAGAUGCAGAAGGAGACGCAUCGAGUAGUUGUAAUUAUGUUCAUAAUGAGAAAAAUAAUUUUUGCGAUAAGGAAGGAACCACAACUAGGGAUGUCAAAGAUAAUAAAGAAGAAGAAGAGGAAGAAGAGGAAGAAGAAGAAGAAGAAGAAGGAAAAACAAAACAAAACAAAAUGAGUUACUCUGGAUUUAAAGGAGAGAGUUUUAGGAAGGAUAACAACAGCAAUAGGAGUAAUUCGUUAAAAACUUCAAAAAUAUCCACAAAUGAAAAAUGGAAGAAUGUCCCAAGACAGUUACACAACACAAAAGAAAAGUAUAAAACUACGCAAUGGACAGGUACAGAUGCAAGAGGAGGAAGCAAAUGGAUGAAAAGAAAUCACAGCAGUAGUAACAAUAGCUCAGUGUCGAAUAAUAAUAAAAUUUUUAAAAAUAUUACCUAUAGGAAAAACGAACUAAGUAAAAAGAAGCCAGUUGUUGCUAUUUCUAAUCAUAGAUUUAACACACAUGGCAUAGUUGUAAAUGGAAAGGGUGGAGAAAGAAUUGGUUUUAAUAUAGAAUCAAAGAAUAAUGCGACGAAAAGUGGGACGAAAAAUGGGACGAAAAAUGGGACGAAAAGUGGGACGAAAAGUGGGACGAAAAGUGGGACGAAAAGUGGGACGAAAAAUGCGACGAAUAGUGCAACGAAUAGUGCAACGAAUAAUGCGACGAAAAAUGAAGCAAAUAAAGAGAAGGGUAACAAUGUACUAAUCCAAAAAAGAAUUACCCAUUUUAAUAACUCCAAGAGAGGUACUAGUAAUAGUAAGGAUAAUUACAAAGAUAUCAUAAAUGAAGAAAUGGAAAAGCACAAAAUGAGUCGGAAAAAACAAAAUAAAAAUAUAAAAAGCAAUUCCAUUCCUCCUAGAAAUAUGAACAAGAGGAUUAGGAGUGGAAAUUCAAAUAAUAUAUUUUUGAAUAAAACCAAAAAGGAGAGCGACCAAGAAGAAUGCGACAGGGAAGUAAGACAUACAGAAGAAGAGAAACCAGUGGAAAACAUAUCCUCUGUGUUGGUAAAACGAGGCGAUAGUUACGAUGAGAAUGGGAAGUACUCCAAAAGAAGUAAUAGCUAUGAUGGUAGAGGGGAACGUUCUAAAGGUGGUAGAUGUGGUAUCGAGAGGCAGGUGGAUUCCAUAGAUGCUAUCAGACGUCACGUGAAGGAGAGUUCAUCAAAGGGGAAUACAUCAGGGAAUGGUUCAGAAAGGACGAUGCUGGGAGAAAAGUCUCAAACAGAAAAUUCUAGCACCCCAGCUAGCCAUCUUGAGAAGAAGGAAAUAUCGUACUUUGAGUGGUUGGCCAGAGAAAAAAAAAGAAAAGAUAGUGCAGAAAAAGGAGAAGCGCGAGAAGUAACACCCAAAGUUGUGUCAGAAGUAGUGUCAGAAGUAGUGUCAGACGCAGUAUCAGACGCAGCACCGGAUGAGAAACGAAGAGGUGAAAGGAGAAAGGGAGAAUGUGGCAAGGAAAGCAUUAUGGACGCUCUGGAGGAAGAAGAGUACCAUCUGAUGCUGCAACCACUAAGCGCAUUUAACUUGAAACAAAAUGAAAUAAAAUAUGAACAAGAUGAUUUUGUAGUAGAUAAGAACCCAAUAGGAAAUGGCAGAACAGGGCUAGUUUUUAAAGCCAUCAUAAAAAAUGAAAAUGAGUAUGUUGCAUUAAAAGUAAUGGCAAAGGAUACCAUCUCAUCAUUAAAUAUCGAAAGACAAGUAUUAAAAGAAAUAAUAAUUCAGGCUAGCUUAAAUCAUAUGAACAUUUUGCAAUUGAUAGCAUAUUUUGAAGAUAGAACCCGUUUGUUCCUGAUCCUAGAAUUAGCAAAUGGUGGAUCAAUCAGAAAUAAAAUGAAAUUAGAUGCACAACCUUUGAAAGAAGAACAAGUAGCUUUAUAUGUGUAUCAAAUUGCAGAUGCACUAGCUUACCUACACAAAUAUAAUAUCAUACAUAGAGAUUUAAAACCAGAUAACAUAUUACUUCAUUACACUCAUGAAUAUAGAAAUAAAAAUGUAUACAAAUAUGGAAUUGUAAAAAUCGCAGAUUUCGGGUUCUCUUGCCAAUUGAAAAAUAAAAGACAGAAGAGAAGCACAUUUUGUGGUACUCUUGAUUAUAUGCCACCAGAAAUUAUCAACCAGAUACCUUACGAUUGCAAUGUCGAUUUGUGGUGUUUGGGAAUUGUCAUCUUUGAGCUCCUCGUCGGAUUUCCUCCAUUUACAGACGAUACACAGGAACGCAUAUUCAACCAAAUUAAAGAAUUGAAUUUUCACUUCCCGAAGGCAAUUUCUUUGCAGGCGCGAGAUCUCAUACUGAAGCUAUGUAGUAGAACGGCAGAAGAACGGAUCUCUGCAGAAGAUGUGAAAUCACAUCCAUGGGUGAAGCAGUUCCUGUAG